UCCCGCAGACGGCGCCGCGCCUCCCGGGACCCAGCAGGAAGUUGUCGCGCUCGUCCCCCUGCCGAUCUGGGCGCUUCUUCGCGGACCCCAGGCGCUUCCUCGGCCCCGGCGCUGGGGCCUCCCCGUCCGGCGGAGGGCGCGGCCGAGAUUCGGGGGGCGCGCGCAGAGACGGGGGGUCUGGCGGCCGCAGACACUGCCCUAUGGCGGGGCUCCGGCCCGGGAGCGGCGGGGACAUGCGCCCGGAGCCGCAGUGUGUUGGGCCGUUGCUGGACUAUGUUUACGCUUCUGAUCCUACUGAGCCAGCUGCCCGUGGCUGCCAUCGCGAUUCCUCUUUGCACCAGAGGUCCAGAGGAGCCUGGGCACGCGGGGGAGGAAGUAUUUACAUCCAAAGAAGAAGCCAGCUCUUUCAUACACAGACACCUGCUCUAUAACAGGUUUGAUUUGGAGCUCUUCACGCCAGGUGACCUAGAAAGAGAGUGCGUCGAAGAACUCUGCAAUUAUGAAGAAGCCAGAGAGAUUUUUGUGGAUGAAGAUAAAACGCUGGCAUUUUGGCAGGACUAUUCCAUUAAAGGACCAACCGCAAAAUCAGGUGGUAACAGAGAGAAAAUAGAUGUUUUGGGCCUUCUGACUGGACUAAUUGCUGCUGGAGUAUUUUUGGUUAUUUUUGGAUUACUUGGUUACUAUCUUUGUAUCACUAAGUGUAACCAGCAAGGACAUCCAGGUUCUUCAGCCACCUACGUAAGAAGAGGAAGGCACACUCCCUCCAUCAUUUUCAGAAGACCUGAGGAGGCUGUCUUGUCUCCAUCACCACCCGCAGUGGAGGACACAGGGUUACCUUCUUAUGAACAGGCCGUGGCACUGACCGGAAAACACAGCAUUUCGCCACCACCGCCAUAUCCUGGGCCAGCAAAAGGGUUUAGGGUGUUUAAAAAGUCUCUGUCACUCCCAUCUCACUAAGCUCACUUUGCCAUCUUGGUGGUAUAGGAGAUUCAUGUUACUUAAAUGGUUCAUUUUUCCUGAACCAUAAAGACACGUCAGUUCAGCCCUUUAUGACAAACUGCAAGAAGAAAAGGAGGAAUAAGCAUGAGUACUAUACCACAGAAGUUCUGUUGGCAUCUUGAACCUGAACCUGAUCAUUAUCAACCUGAUAAGAAGCUUGGACUCCAUAUCUUUGCAGUUAAGAAGAGAGCACUUUUUUCUUAUUUAUUUUAAUGGUUCCAAAAAAAAAUUUGUAGUAUGGAUAUCAUAAGUAGAACUGAUGAAAUAUCUGUAUCCUUUGUGUAGAUAAAGGUUGCAGAUUUUUUGUGUUGAAUAUUUUUAAAGAAUUCAUUAUCAUUAGAUUAUCUUGUCAUAAUAUUGGGCUUUCUUAUUGAUUGUAAAACUUCAAAGAAUUUGAUAUUUCAUUAUAAAUUGAUGGCCUUAGCAUAAUCACUUGAUUUUACAUUUUAAAUUAUAAAAUGGCAUUCACUAUAUUUUGCCGGUUUUAGUUGUUAAUUCUUGCUAUCAGUCAUGUUUCAUUAUGAGUGGGAUCAGUAAUUUUCUCUAAA